AUGGCCUCUAAGUGGGAACGAAGAUGUAAGCCCUGGUUAAACGAAGACGGAAGUCUCUACAGCAGAACCGACGUUGCUCCUGCUCCCAGCAAGGAUUUUCUACAGCUUUUCGUAACAGCAAAUGAGGUUAUUUUCAGAGUAUGGAAGAUCAUUCCACCUACACGAGCUGAUGCGGUACAACAGCCAUCACAAACAGUAUGCACCUACAGUGAAUUCAUAGAUGAUGAAAGAUUGAGGGCAACAAUUGCCAGAAACUUUGGAGAACAUGAAUUACAAUACCUUGAUCGUCUGGUUGCUGGUCAAAUUGACUACUUGUGCAGGUUACCAAGGAAAAUUCUUUUACGGAUUAUAUUUAACCUUGACCUUGUUUCCAUUGCAAAACUGUCUCAGACUAACAGACUGUUCAGAGAGCUUUGCUCAUGUGAUGCAUUGUGGUCUAAACUCUACCUACAACACACAACACAGCCAAUCACCCCAGACCUACUGAUGCUGUCAGACCAAAAGGGAUGGAAGGAGUUAUUUUUCACAAACAAGCUUCAGUUGCAGAUGAUGCUGAAAAGACAAGCAGAGAAGCAACCAAGAGAUAAAAGGUUUGCAUUUGCAGAAAAAUUUUCAAAAGGGGGAGCCUCAAAGGGGGGAUCUUCAAAAGGGGCAUCUAAUCACUAG